AUGAAACUCCUUGAUUGGAUGGGAAAAGAAAAUACACUUGCAGAGGAGCAAGCUGGCUUUAGGUAUGCUCGAUCCACUACUGAUCAGUGCUUAAUACUUCAGCACCUAAUUGAAAAGUUCUCCUCCUGCAACACAACCUCCCUUUAUGCUGCUUUCAUAGACUUCAAAUCAGCAUUUGACUCCAUAUCCAGAAAAACUGGUGGCCACCUCAAUAGACUGACGCCUGCUUCAUCUAACAAUGCAGCAAUACUUUCAAGAACACCUAUUGGCCUCAAAAGAGCACUGGGAGCGUUAACACAGUACUGCAAGGAGAACCAGCUAGAACUCAACUAUCAGAAAACUAAGCUCAUGGCAUUUGCCAAAAGGCCUAUGAGCCGCUCUUGGAGCAUAGAUGGCCACGAGAUUGAGCAGGUGUCUUGUUUCAAAUACCUGGGGGAUCCGUUUGAUAUUCUUCACAGGUAUUAUCAGCCCGGAGACAUCAUCUUUGGCAGCAUUGGUUCUCAGAGCAUAAUCCUUUCCAGUCCAAAGGCUUUUGACCAACAACCUCCCCAGAAACUAUCUGAAGAAGCAAUUGCAGUGACUAAGAACUACCAGCACAUCCUGGCCUUGGUGUUUGCUAUAAAUGAGAUCAACGAAAACCCCAAGAUCCUACCCAAUGUCACCCUGGGAUUUCAUAUAUAUGACACCUACUCCAAUGCUGCAUUCACCUAUCAUGCUACAAUGAAACUUCUUUCAACAAGAGACAGAUUUAUCCCCAACUAUAAAUGUGACUACCAGGAUAAUCUUCUUUCAGUCAUUGGGGCACUUCACUCAGAAACGUCUCACCACAUAGCUAAUGUUUUGAGUAUCUACAAGAUUCCACAGCUUUUAUAUGGCUCCACUCCUCAGAGGACAUAUAUCACUGAAUUCCUUUCAUCCUAUCGAAUGGUCCCAAAUGAUAGCAUUCAGUUCCUGGGGAUUCUCCAGUUACUCAUCCAUUUCAAAUGGAUAUGGAUUGGAUUCAUUGCUGAUGACAAUGAUAAGGUAGAAAUGUUUCUGCAACACAUGCUUCCCUUAUUAUCCCAGAGUGGGAUCUGUUUAGCCUUUGUAGAAACAUGUACCCAAAAUUUCAGCUUUGAUGAUGAGGAUGGAGACAUAAUAAAAAAAGGAGUUGAAAUGUUUGACAGAGUUAUGAGCAGCACAGCGAAUGCACUUGUCUGCUAUGGAGAAGCAGAUUCCAUAAUAUUUUUGAGAUGGGUGCUAUAUCUACCAGAAGUGGAAGAUACAACACAAAUGCCAAGAGGUAUAGUCUGGAUCCUGACAGCACAGAUACAGUUCAAAUCAUUUUCCUACCAACGAGAUUGGGAUAUCCAAGCCUUCCAUGGAGCUAUAUCUUUUUCAAUCCACUCCAAUGAGAUACAGGGAUUCAGAGAAUUUCUUCAGGGCAGAAACCCUUCCAGCACAGCAGAUGAUGGUUUUAUCAGAAAUUUCUGGGAACAGGCAUUUGGCUGUGUUUUCCCAAGCUCUGCUUUGGAUGAUGUGGUUGGAGAUAUCUGUACUGGAGAUGAGAGUCUGGAGAAUCUUCCUGGACCUAUUUUUGAAAUGAGCAUGACUGGUCACAGCUACUGUAUCUACAAUGCUGUCUAUGCAGUGGCCCAUGCGCUGCAUAUGCUUUCAUCCACAUCCAAACACAGAACAAUGGCAGAUGGAGAAAGAAAGAAGCUUCAGAAGAAUCAACCAUGGCAGGUCCACCACUUUCUGAAACAAGGCUCAUUUAACAACAGUGCUGGAGAUGUUGUUUCCUUUGACCAGAAUCGGGUAUUAGUGGCAGGAUUUGAUAUUGUAAACUGGGUCACAUUCCCAAACAAAUCUUUUGUUAGAGUCAAGGUUGGAAAGAUUCGUCUCAAAGCUCCAAGUGAAGACCAAGCAGUCACCAUUAAAGAAGAUGCCAUUGUGUGGCACAGAUGUUUUAAUGAGACAUAUCCUGUUUCUGUAUGCACUGAUUCCUGCUUUCCUGGUUAUAGCAAGAAAAAGAAGGAAGGGGAGCCAUUCUGCUGCUAUGAUUGCUUUCCAUGUCCAGAAGGGAGGAUAUCUGAUAAGAAUGACAUAGCUGAAUGUUUUCAAUGCCAAGAAGAUCAUUAUCCAAGCAAGGAUAAAAAGACAUGCAUUCCUAAGCUUGUAACCUUUUUGUCAUAUGAAGAACCUUUGGGGAUCAGUUUAGCUACUGGUGCUCUUUCAGGUUCUUUGGUCAUAGCUCUGAUGCUAGGCAUUUUUGCAAAGCACUAUGACACUCCCAUUGUCAAAGCCAACAACCGUUCUCUCACCUACAUUCUCCUCAUCUCUCUUUUGCUCUGCUUCCUGUCUGCAUUGCUAUUCAUUGGCCGACCUGAGAAGGUAAUGUGUCUCCUCCGACAAACUGCUUUUGCCAUCAUCUUCUCAGUGGCUGUUUCUUGCAUGCUGGCAAAAACCAUGACUGUGGUUCUGGCUUUCAUGGCCACCAAGCCAGGAUCCAGGAUGAGGAAGUGGGUGGGCAGAAAACUGUCCACCUCUGUUGUGAUUUCUUGCUCUUUUAUCCAAACAACAAUUUGUAUUAUAUGGUUGGCAAUCUCUCCCCCAUUCCCAAAUGCUGACAAACAUUCAAUGCCUAAUGAAAUUGUAUUGGAAUGUAAUGAGGGGUCAAGUACCAUGUUUUUCUGUGCUUUGGGCUACCUGGGUUUCCUGGCACUUGCCAGCUUCACUGUGGCUUUCCAUGCCAGAAAGCUACCAGAUAGUUUCAAUGAAGCCAAGUUCAUCACUUUCAGCAUGUUAGGGUUUUGCAGUGUUUGGUUCUCCUUUGUUCCAACCUACCUGAGUUCCAAGGGGAAAUAUACAGUAGCUGUGCAGAUCUUCUCAAUCUUAGCCUCCAGUAGCGGGGUAAUGGGCUGCAUCUUUUUUCCAAAAUGUUACAUCAUUGUAAUAAGGCCUCAUUUGAACAAAAGGGAGCUACUAAUCAGUCUAAUGAAAUAUGAGGUCCAACAUUUCCAGAAACCACAGAGGGAAGAGUCAGACUCAGAAAGUGAACUAAGUGAACGAGGGACUGACUCUGCAGAUGAGAGCUGGCUGACAGAGUUGAAAAGGGCAGUUUGA